UUGAGACCAGCGGAGGACACAGACCGAACCCUGAAUGUUACUCUUCAGGUCACCCUCUCCCAGAUCAUUGACAUGGUGUGGACGGACGCCUACCUGAGCUGGGAGCGGGAGGCCUACGACGGCAUUGACAGCAUCCACAUCCCCAGCAGCUACGUCUGGAGGCCGGACAUUGUCCUCUAUAACAAUGCCGACGACCAGUUCACCGGCUCCAUGGAGACCAACGUGGUGAUCCGCUAUGAUGGUCAGAUCAUGUGGGACUCUCCGGCCAUCACCAAGAGUUCUUGCAAGGUGGACGUCUCCUACUUCCCCUUCGACCGGCAGCAGUGCCGGCUGACCUUCGGCUCCUGGACGUACAACGGCAACCAGAUCGACAUUUGGAACAAGCAGGACACGGCCGACCUCACCGACUUUGUGGAGAACGUCGAGUGGGAGGUCUUAGGAAUGCCGGCCAAGCGCAACGUCAUCGUCUACGGCUGCUGCUCGGAGCCCUACCCGGACGUCACCUACACGCUGCUGCUCCAGCGGCGGGCCUCCUUCUACGUCUUCAACCUCCUCCUGCCCUGCAUCAUGAUCUCCUCCUUGGCCCCGCUCGGCUUCUACCUCCCGGCCGACUCCGGAGAGAAGGUCUCCCUGGGAGUGACGGUCCUGCUGGCCCUGACGGUCUUCCAGCUGAUGGUGGCCGAGAGCAUGCCCCCUUCGGAAAACGUGCCCCUCAUUGGGAAGUACUACAUCGCCACCAUGACCAUGAUCACGGCCUCCACCGCCUUGACCAUCUUCAUCAUGAACAUCCACCACUGCGGCCCCGCCGCCAAGCCCGUCCCCCGGUGGGCCAAGAAGGUCAUCCUGCACUACAUGGCCCGCCUCUUCCUGGUCUACGAAGUGGGCGAAAGCUGCCGGAGCCCACAGCAGGAUCCCGACCCCCUCCCCAAGGCCCAGGUGGCCAACGGUGGGGCCAAGGAGAGGCCCCGAGGCCAGAGCGGAGCGUCUCCUCCAGAGGAAGAGCCACCGCCGCCGCCGCCCGUAUCUCCGUCGUCGCAGGGCCUGGGCGGGGGCAGCCCCUCGAGGCAGCCGGACGACUGGGGUGAGGCUGGGCCCUACAUGGACCCGGAGUGCAGCCGUGCCGGCGAGAAGAGAGCGGAGCUGCCCGGCUGCGCCCCGGCCCGUUGCGUGUGCCACCACAGCCGCAUCCUCCAGAACGUGGAGUUCAUCGCCAGCUGCUUCCGCGACCAGAAGGCGGCCUCGAAACGGACGGGGGAGUGGAAGAAAGUGGCCAAGGUGACCGACCGCUUCUUCAUGUGGGUGUUUUUCGUCAUGGUCUUCAUCAUGAGUGUGCUCAUCAUGGGCCAAGCCGUCUGAGGUCCCCUUCCCCCCCCGAGGAGGAGGAAGGAGGUGGCGGUGGCGCGACGGCUGUGGCGGCAGGAGGGGGUGGAGGGGGAAGCCGCGUUCCUAGGAGGAGAGGGUUCUCCAAGAGGGUCUUGUCGCCCCGCGGGGGCCUCACACAAGUCUAGCCACUUUGCAUGUGCGGUUCCAGACGUGCCUAGUUUUAGCCACCACGGCUGAAGUAGCCACACACACUGUCCUGAGGGGGGGGGCUUGUAGGAGGGCAGGCAAUGCUGGGUGGCCACCUUCAGAACCCGGGGCACAAAGGUGUGCAGCCUGGGCACACAUGCACGCAGGCACACAUGCACGCACCCCACGGGGUAGGCGGUUUUGGAGAAGCGCCCCAGCAAGGGGUUGGCAGCAAGCGGCUUUCCGAACACCCGUGGGCUGCCGUUCUCAUGGGUCUUGUUGGGUUCCGUCUUCAGGCACAGACCGCUGGGCGUUUGGGGGGCAUUUUAAGUUCAAAGCAUCCUGUACCUUAUCGGCCAACCCUAGCCAGCUUGGAAAAUAGCAAAGUGUGGGUGAGGGUCCGCCCCCCACCCUCAAGGAUAUCCCCCACCAAACCGAUAAGGUGUUCCAGCUGCAAAUCCUGCAAGUCCUUCACUUCCUCCCUCUCCAAAUCCUGCCAUAACAUGUUUCUAGUCCUUAUGGAGCCCAGCUUGAAAAUAUUGGCUGCCAAGCCAGAUAGUCUUCUGUAUUGGGGGGGG